UUUUUCGGAUUUCAUCUCGAGUGCCGGCAGUCGUGUUUUGUGUUUAUUUUCGUGCUCACGUCAUACCCGCAAGCGAUUUUAAACAUCAUUAUUGUCAUUUUAGAUCGUUUUCGUCAUUUAACUUUUUUCCACUUCCUCAUCCUAGCUGCUGAAAACUUAACAGUGAGACAUUUCGAAACAACGAUAAAUUUAUACUAUCUCAUCGAUACCGGCUACGGCAACAACUACAAUCGAAACGAUGACCCGUGGGGCCCGAGAAGAGACUCACUACCGGUUGUCGUGCCCGUCACGCUCAUCUACACUCUGAUAUUUGCCACGGGCAUCGUGGGCAACGUGAGCACGUGCAUAGUGAUCGCCCGGAAUAAGUACAUGCACACGGCCACCAAUUACUAUCUGUUCAGUCUUGCCGUGUCCGACCUGCUGCUGCUGUUGUCCGGGUUGCCGCAGGAGAUUUACCAGACAUGGUCCAGGUAUCCAUAUGUGUUUGGAGAGAUGUUUUGCAUAAUCAGAGGGUUUGCUGCUGAAACAUCAACGAACGCUACUGUGUUGACAAUUACAGCGUUUACCAUUGAAAGAUACGUUGCAAUUUGUCAUCCGUUUAUAUCACACACAGAAUCAAAUCUACCCAGAGCGUUUAAAUACAUAUUAAUCAUUUGGGUUAUAGCGUUGACACUUGCUUUUCCUCAGGCCAUACAGAUGGGACUUGUGUACGGACGCGAACAGGACGGCACGAUCAUACCAGAGCUGUCCACGUGUGGACUGGCCAACAAGCUGCCGUACGCAUUUGAACUGUCUUCAAUACUAUUCUUCCUGGCCCCGUGGAUACUCAUCGUCGUCCUGUACAUACUCAUCGGCCUCAAGCUGUACAAAUCCAAGCGUGAAUCGUCCAGAACAACAUGCUCGGCUCACUGCCGGCACACCGCUUGCCUGAGCUCCACCCACACCAGAGCCACCGGGCGUGUAGUCAAAAUGCUUGUUGUCGUGGUGGUGGCCUUUUUCGUCUGCUGGGCGCCAUUUCAAGCGCAAAGGCUGGUUGCCAUAUACGGAGACGUGAAUCAUGAGGACUACUCAAGUACUUCGAUAAUCGAUGCAAACGUMUAUCAGGUGCUAAAUUACGUAUCUGGAAUCUUAUACUACUUGUCAGCCACCAUAAACCCGCUUCUGUACAAUCUUAUGUCGUACAAAUUUAGGACCGCUUUCAAAGAAACUUGGAGAUCUUGCAAAGGGGCCAGUGGAAUAAGUCCCGAUCAUGGCAUGCCCGCCUUGGACUACAAAUGGCAGAGACACCAUAGCCAUAGCAGAAGCUUCAGCAGUAGUCAUUUUGACGAGGUGAAUUCGAUGAAACAGUUGAUGCCCAAGUCCUGGCAACCUACAAUUGUAGCGAUCAAUGAGAGUAGUGACACAGGUACAUCGUCGGCCGCCGACAAAUCAAUACGAUUUCCACGCAAAACGAUUUUCAGCAAACAAGACGCAAUUAAAGAAAACGGCACAGCAAUGUUGGAAAACGGAAUUACCGUUGGCGUGUUGACCAAUAACAACAGGACAACCACAAUGUUGAUGACGCCGAAUUAAACGUAGUGUUCCUACUUAGCAUUACCUGUCCAGAAUGUCAUAACCAGAAAUGCUCAUGAAUGAUAUUAAAACCAGGUACCUACUUGUUUGUUAGUGGAGGCCAUAGUAACCCUAUUUCCAUAUACGACCGGGUCUCUCACUUAAAUUUAUUUCCUCUGUUAGAUUAGAAUAUGUUAAGGAAAUUUGCAUUUCCCGCCGGUUUGAGGAUGUGUAU